UAAAUCCUGAAAGGCAAAAUGGGUUAAAAAUGAAAAUUUUAACAUUUUCCCUUUCAAUCUAGGGUUUUACAUUUUGUCUUCUUCUUACUGUGUAGACAAACUGAAAAUUUUCCACUCACACCACGAAACAGUUUCUACAAUGGCCAUCUUCAAGUAUCACCAGUACCAGGUUGCAGGGAGAGGUCUUCCCACUGAAACUGAUGAACAUCCAAAGAUCUACAGGAUGAAAUUGUGGGCCACCAAUGAGGUGCGUGCCAAAUCCAAGUUCUGGUAUUUUUUGAGGAAGCUGAAAAAGGUCAAGAAAAGUAAUGGGCAAGUUCUUGCCAUCAAUGAGAUUUAUGAAAAAAACCCUACCAAGAUUAAGAACUAUGGAAUUUGGCUGAGAUACCAGAGUCGGACAGGAUAUCACAACAUGUACAAGGAAUACCGCAACACUACACUAAAUGGUGCUGUUGAAUCUUUGUACAACGAAAUGGCAUCACGUCAUAGAGUCAGGCAUCCAUGCAUUCAGAUCAUCAAGACUGCUACAAUCCCAGCCAACCUUUGCAAAAGGGAGAGCACUAAGCAGUUUCACAACUCUAAAAUCAAGUUCCCAUUGGUUUUCAAGAAGAUUAGACCCCCAACCAGGAAGCUCAAGACAACAUACAAGGCAACAAAACCAAACAUGUUUAUGUAAUUCUCAGUUAAUUACGUAUUCUGCUUGUUGUUUUGAAGCUGAGCAUAGCAAGCUUCAAUACCUGCAACUAACUGUAGCCAGUUUGUAUUCUUUCAAAGCUCUGAAUAUUGAGUUUUGGAAUUUUGAUGUCUUGUUUUGAUUGUUAUUUUAUUUUGCUUAUCAUUUCAGGAUUUGUUCAGAGUUGGUUUUGAAUCAAGAGAUUUCAUUUUGACUGAA